AGUCCACUAGAGAAUAUUUAGUGAGGAGACCAUAGUUCGAAACGCAGAGACGACGAAGGAAUUCUUAAUAUAAUCUUAAAACGGUGUCGUUGAGCUUUAGCGAUAAGCCCAAAUAAGUAAAAACUUCAAAAAUUAAGGGUUUUGAAGCCGCGAGAAAAUAUUCGCCGUCGCCGAUGUCGGGAAACAGAAGAACUUGAGGCAAAAAAUUCAGUUUUUUUUUUCCGGUGAGUCUGAAGUUCUGGAAUUUUAAAAUUCACGACUCGAUUACCCAAUUCUCCGUCGGCUAAAGGCAACACAAUGAAGCACAUAUAAAGAAAAGAGUAAACUUUGGGAAGAAACAAUGGGAAUCAUAGAAGAAGGAAUAAUCUCAGGUACCUUGCCAAGCAAGGAGGCGUUUGUAGUACACUUCCCUGGUUACCCAUCUUCUAUUUCCCGAGCCAUUGAAACACUUGGAGGUAUCCAAGGAAUUUCACAAGCAAGGGAAUCAAUUUCAAAUAAGCUUGAGCUGCGUUUCCGGCCUGAAGAUCCUUAUGCACAUCCUGCAUUGGGUGAACAACGUCCUUGCUGUGGUUUUUUGUUAAGAAUUUCUAAGCAGGAUAUCAAGAAACCUGAAAGUCAGCCUGUUCUUGCCACUAGUAGUGAUGUAUGUUUAGAGGAAGCUAGUACAGUUCUAUGUGCAGAUAUCAUAGCUCGUGUGUCUGAAUCGUUUCACUUUGAUGGCAUGGCUGAUUAUCAGCAUGUUAUUCCAAUUCACGCGGACAUUGCGCAGCAGAAAAAGAGAAAGUGGAUGGAUGUUGAUUCCCUUACAGGAAACAGUGAUUUGAUGGGCCUGGCUGAUGAAGAUGUGAUGAUGUUAUUGCCACAGUUCUUUGCACCCAAAGAUAUACCAGACAAUGUGGCGUUGAAACCUCCGGCAACAUCUGGUCCUAAAAAGAAAGAUGAUGCGGCAACUCAGAACUUUUAUGAGAUUGAUGUUGGCCCAGUAUUUGCAAUUGAUUUCAGUGUCAAAGAGAUCCCAAAGAAACUGAAGUGGGAAGACUUUGUUUCUCGCAGCUCCAACCACUGGCAAUGGCAGGUAUCAGUGUCUGCAUUGUUUGAGGAGCGGCCUAUAUGGACAAGGGAUUCUGUAGUUCAACGACUACUUGAUAAAGGUCUUAAAUGUACACAUCAUAUGUUAAACAGGUUUCUGCUCAGGGCUGCGUAUUAUUUCUCCAGUGGUCCAUUUCUUAGGUUCUGGAUUAAAAGAGGCUAUGAUCCACGGAAUGAUCCUGAGUCUCGUGUAUAUCAGAGAAUGGAAUUCAGGGUUCCUCCUGAAUUACGGAGUUAUUGUGAUGCCAAUGCAACUAACAGCGCAAAGCCAAGCUGGAACGACAUUUGUGCUUUUAAGUUAUUUCCUUUCAAAUGCCAAACGUUUCUGCAGUUGUUUGAACUUGACGACGAGUACAUCCAGCGAGAGAUAAGAAAGCCUCCCAAGCAAACUACUUGUAGCCAUAAAUCAGGAUGGUUUUCUGAAGCUCUGCUUGAUACUUUGAGACUCCGUGUAGCUGUGAGGUUUGUGUCUGUCUUCCCUGAGCCAGGUUUCGAAGAUGUAUUUAAAUCCAUUCAAGAAGAAUUUGAGAGGUCAGAAAAAGUACAAAGUCAGAAAGAGACACUUAAACCAUCUUUAGUGAAGCACCGUGAGGCAACUAAAAGCUCUGAAGACAUGGAAAAGUGUAAAAGUGUAAACGAAGAUGUUGAUGCUAAUGUUAACGAGGAUGGAGAUGAUGAAAAUCUGGAUGACGAAGAUGAAGAAGAAGAAGAAGAAGAAGAAGAAGAAGUCGAUAUGGCUGCAGGAGACAAUGAGAUAUCUCUCGGUUCCCAUGGAUAUCUUGAUACUGAGAACAGCUCCAGGACGUAUCUGCAAGGCUUGUUCGAUAGUUUUCCAACCAGUGAACCUGGUUUAUAUGGAGACUUUGCUGUUGAUGAUGGGAGUGAUGGAGAGUUUCAGAUAUACGAGGAAGAAUCUGAGGGAUUGUAUUCCAUUGAUGAUGAUCAUAAUGAUGACGACGACGAUGAUGAUGACUGAUGCGUAAAGAUCAUCAUUCCACACCACAUGUGAAAGUAUAAGGCUUUUGUUCUUAUGAAUCUUGGUCCAGAAAUGACAUCACCAGGCCUGAUCAGCUCCAUAAAUUGGUUGCAAAUUGCAACAUAAUGCUUGAAACUAAAAUGUAACGUUUUAGGUUAAAUACUCAAUUUUGUAAACGAAUCAAAGAAAAAUAAUUGUUUCAUCUCACAAAAAAAAACUCAUUGUAAGUUGUAACCAUUACGAUUUAGUGAUUUACGCAUAUUCUACUGUAA